AUGACUCUUUGCAAGUAUUGUGGAAUUGAUAUCAUUGAUAAAGAACAUAAAUGUAACGUGACAUAUAAGUGUGAUAAAUGUUCUACAAGAUAUAGAAAAUUGAGUAAUUUUCAAAAACAUAUAAAAGAAUGUGCAGAAGAACCUAUUCCUCAACUAGUACAACAUGAUAGAUUUAAAUUGAUUAAAAGUGCCUUCGAUGGAAUAUUGGCUGUUUAUUAUUUACCUGAUAUAUCAUUUUUAGAUAUUCAAUCUCUUUACACAUCCGAAAAUGCGAAUUUCAAAUCCUUAUUCAACUCACUCCUACUAGAACUGAAUUGCUGCAAAUACCGUAUUGGGUGUUGGGUUGAUGUAGAAAGACCAGCUAUUGAUUCUAGUGGAAAAGAUAAUAAAAUAAUCUACAUUUUCUCAGCAAUGAAGAAACUUUGCUCACCUGAAGCUAUAGAUCCAUCACUUCUUGAAACAAAAGAAGAAUUAGAUGCAUGGAUUGAUCAGCUCACUAAUGAAGGAAGCGGAUGGACAAUGAAAUCCAUAAAAGCACUGGAGAUCAGGAUUGCGAAAUUUGAACCACAUCAUGGAGGAUGUUUGCAUUGUAAACUACCAACAAGAAUUACAAACAAGAAAGCAAUCUUAAACAUAAAUACAAAUACAGAUUGUUUCAUGUAUAGCAUACUUGCAGCUUUACACACGAAGUCAAAGAAUGGAUCAAGGAAAAAUGUUUAUGCAGAACAUAUCGGUGAUUAUGAUUUCAGCAUGGUUCGUGGAUAUGUUCCAUUAAAUGCUAUUCGCCAAUUUGAAAAUAAAAACAAUGUAUCGGUAAAUAUAUACUCAUUAGCUAUAAAUAAGAAGACUGUCAUACCAUUACAAAUAAAUGACCAAAUCAAACAAAAGCAUGUUAACCUGUUGCUCUAUGAAGAUCAUUAUUUCUUCAUCAAAAAUUUUAACCGAUUGUUGAAUAGAUCAGGUUACCAAUUGAAACGAUGUUUGCGUUGUUUAUCAGGAUUCAACGGUGUUAAACAAUUGAGAUUACAUGAACCUUACUGUGCAACGAAAUCCCCACAAAAAGUUAUCUUACCAGAAGAGGGUCGCAAAAUCAAAUUCGAGUCAUAUGAAAAGAUGUUUAAACAACCUUUUGUCAUCUAUGCUGACUUCGAAACGCUUGCAUCUAAAGUUGAUAAACAUAUUACCAAUACUUCAUUUGAAUAUCAAGAACAUAAUAUCUGUUCAUUUGGGUUAGUAAUAGUUGAUUGGAAAGGACAAGUUAUAGAUAAAUUAUUAUACAGAGGACAAGAUGCUGCGACCCGCUUUAUUCAAUCAAUAAUAACAGCGAAAUUCCAUCUCAAUGAACUUUAUUGGAAAUCUGAAAAACCUCUAUCAAUGAACAACGAACAAGAAACAAUUUUUUUUCUUUCACGACAAUGUCAUAUCUGUAAACAAAGCUUUACUGAUGAUGACAUAAAAGUACGUGAUCAUGAUCAUCUUUCAGGAGAAUUUCGAGGUGCAGCUCAUCAAGAAUGUAAUUUAAAAUGGAAAUGGAACUACAAAAUACCUAUAGUUUUUCAUAAUCUCAAAAACUUCGACGGUCAUUUAAUAAUAGCAGCCUUGAAAAAAGAAAUGUUCAAAAGAAUUACAUUUAUUCCUCAAACUAUAGAAAAAUAUAUUGGGUUUUCGAUGGAUCAAUUUACUUUCAUUGAUUCGUUUGCUUUUCUGCCUGCGAGUUUGGAUUCUUUAGCUGCCAACCUUACAAAAGAUGAUAAAUUAUAUUUUCUCUCUCAAAUAAUUCCUAAUAGAGAUCAUUCGUUGUUAUUAGAAAAAGCAAGCUUACCUUACGAAUAUUUAGAUACCUGGGAUAAAUUUGAAGAUGAUUGUUUACCUCCUAUCGAUGCUUUCAACUCAACUUUAACAGGUAAAAAUAUUUCAGAAGAGAUUUACUUGCGAUUACAACAGAUAUGGGCAGAUUUUGAAUGUAAAAACCUUGGAGAUUUUCAUGAUAUAUACUUACAACUUGACGUUGCCCUUUUAACAGCAAUUUUCGAGAAUUUUAGAAGUAUGAGUUUGAGAGAAUUUGGGUUAGAUCCUACACAUUUUUGGUCGACUCCUGGUUUGACUUGGGCAGCAGCAAUCAAAUUUACAGAAGCAGAAAUUGAUCACAUAAAUGAUAUAGAUAUGGUAUUAAUGAUAGAGAAAGGUAUUAGAGGAGGAAUUUCUUCUGCAAUGAAAAGACACGCUGUUGCAAAUAAUCCACUCUGUCCUGAGUAUAAUGAAGAAGAGCCUAAUUCAUUCAUCACAUAUCUUGAUGUCAACAACUUGUAUGGAUAUUCGUUGGUUCAAAAUCUACCAUAUGGAUCCUUUAAAUGGGUUGAAAAAAGUGAAUACCAGAGUGUUCUGAAUGAAAUUACAAGUGAUAAAACAAAACAUGGUUAUAUUAUCGAAGUCGAUCUCGAUUACCCAAAAGAACUACAUGAUUGGCAUGAUGAUUAUCCCCUUGCACCAGAAACAAUAUCAAUUUGUGAAAAUCAAUUAAGUGACUAUCAAACAAAAUUGGUAAAGAAGCUAGAAAGCUGUGGGAAUAAAAGACUUAUGUCUCCUAAACUUAUUCCGAAUCUUUUUAACAAGAUUAAAUAUGUUACACAUUAUAGGAAUCUGCGAUAUUACAUGUCAAAAGGAUUAUUAUUGAAGAAAAUCCACAGAAUAUUACAAUUUGAAGAGAAGCCAUGGUUAAAACCAUACAUUAUGCUAUGCACAGAAAAGAGACAGCAAGCAAACAAUGCUUUUGAAAAAGACUUUUGGAAAUUAAUGAUAAAUUCUCUUUAUGGUAAAAGCAUCGAAAAUAAACGGAAACAUUGUGAAGUCAAAUUUUUAGCCGAUAGAAAAGCUGUAUUCAAAGCUACAAGAGAACCUCUUUUUGAUCAAUUCUGCAUUUUGGAUGAGAAUCGAGCGAUUGCUAAACUACGGAAAUCAAAAGUUAUUUUGGACAAACCAAUAGCCGUCGGAUUCUCUGUGUUAGAAUUUGCUAAAUUGUAUAUGUACCAAUUACAUUAUGAUACUUUCAAAGCAUAUUACGGACGCAAUUUAAGUUUAGUUUACACUGAUACUGAUAGUUUUAUUUAUCAUAUAAAAACGGAGAAUCUAUACAAUGAUUUUAAAUAUUUCGCUAAUAUUAUGGAUUUUUGUGAUUACCCUAAAAAUCAUUCGCUCCAUAGUGAAGAGAAUAAAAAAAAGUUAGGCUACCUGAAAGAUGAAACUAAUGGAGAUCCAAUCAUAGAAAUAAUAGCCCUCAAAUCUAAAAUGUAUUUGAUAAGAUCUGUAAACAGUGAACGCAAAACAGCAAAAGGAGUACAAAAGCAUGUAGUAAAAUCACAAAUACUCCAAGAUGACUAUCUAAAUUGUUUGUACGAUGAAAAGUUAUAUAAACACACGAAUCAUCGGUUACAAAGUAAAAACCAUAAAAUUAAAGCUAUCGCAACUGAAAAAAUAUCAUUAAGUCCAUUGGAUGAUAAGCGUUGGGCUAUCGACAACGUUGACACUCACGCAUUCGGACAUUAUCAAACAACUCAUGAAAAUUAG